AAAUAUUAAAACAAAUAUUCAAAUAUGGAUAUGAACUACCUGUUAAGAUAUUAUUAUCGAGUAAACUAAAAAAAUAUGAAUGAAAAUAAAUAAAUUAUUAUAAAAUUAUUAUUUAUCUGAAAGAAUAUAUAAUUAUCGCUAAAGCUUAUUAUUGCAAGCCAAAAUAUAUAAUGGCACAUAAUUUUUUUCCGGUAGAUUAAUUUAAAGGUAAAUAUAAUUGUCCCCUAAACGAACUAAAGGGGCAAAAAUAUAUGCCGCUAAAUGUAGCAUUAUUGGCAAAAAUUUCAGCUACUAAAUUGAGAUAAAAAGUCAGUUAAAUAGUCAUCCAAAAGUCAAAUUAGCAACAAAAUUAUUUGUCGCAAAUAUGCAUAUUAGCAUCAUAUAAUAUUUGUCGCUAACAUUUGCCGCUAAAGAGAUUUAGCGGCAACAGUAUUGACAGCACACAAUUAUGUGCCGCUAUAGAGCUAUUGUGGCACAGAAAUGACUUAUCGUGGCAAAUAGACUUUGCCGCUAAUUGUCAUUUUUCUUGUAGUGGGAGGAUGUCGAAAACAAUCAGGUAUUGUCUCCUAUCUUUUUUCGUAGAUAAUUAUUUCUUAGCUUUCGGUAGUGUUUAGUUGAUCAAAGUGAAGUAUGUGCCUACUGAAAAAUAGUUAGUUGAUUUUAUAUGUAUUUACACAACCAAUUGGUGUAGCUAUUUUUCCAGAAUCUUAUGUCCAAAUUGUGCCCAUUCAUUCAUGCAUGGUCAGCUUGAGGGGGUUGAGGAAAAUGGUCACAUUUUCCCUUUCAUGUAGAUAGGAUUGGUUCACCCGAAUCGUUUAGAUAGGAUUAGGAGUUAAAACACUUAAUAGUUAGUUGAGUUGUAUUAGUAUAAAUAGGUUAGCACUGAGUACUCACUUGAGAGUUAACGAAACAGAUAUGUCUUUCUCUGUAAACAACCUUUCAGUAUCAAUUCCAAAGUAUAUGUUUAGAGUGUCCUUAAUAAGUUUGAUUCUCAUGUUGUCAUGUAUAAGUGUAGGUAUAUAUUUUGGUUAUAGUUCAUGUUGUUGGGGUUUGAAGUAACUAUUUAGUUUAAUAAGUUCUCCAUUAAUAACAUAGGAAAGUAUUUGAUGUAUUUGACUAAUGAAGUUUAAAAAAUGACGAACAACGUCCAACUACACUAACAUAAAUACAUAUUUUUCAAACGAAGUCGUAUUGAUAUAAAAACGUCUAAGAAGAACCACGAUAGGAGUUGUUUUACAUCAUACAUGCAUAAUCAAUCUUCAGUAUACGAUAAAAUGUUUCGACUUUUCCAUUGACUUUAGUGUAUUCAAUGAUAUAUUGGAACAAAGUAUAUGUUUAGAGUGUCCUUAAAAAGAAACUAACUAACUCACACACUCAUGUUUCGAGUGUCAUUUCAUAUAGAAGUCACUAUGACAUUAAUGUAGUCAAAGCAUGCAGAUCUCCAACUGGCAAGUUCAACUAAUAGAACAACACAUAAAAAGCUAAAUCAAACUGAAAAGAAUUCGAAAACUAAAAGCAACAUACCAAGUAUUUUGGGGAAAAUCGACAACAAUAAAAGUCAUUGUAGCUCGUACUCAAGUUAGAAAGACGUUAUAACGGUAGGUAAACAAUGAUAUGUAGUGCUUAAUCCUCUUAAGAUGACACCUUACAUUCUUUAUCAAUAUGCAUCUUAGUUUCAUAUUUCUCAAAAAAAAUGCAUCUUAGUUUCAUAAAUUGCAUAACAAAAAAGUAGUAAUUCAAUAAUCAAUAUAAGAAUCAAUAUGGACACAAUAUCUAAUCAAGAGAAGAGGAAGCGAAAAAAACACAAAUUGUUGUGUAUAGAUUCUGCUCACGAUAUUUUAUAGAGAAAAAUAUCAUAAAAAUUAUUAACCGAUAAAAGGGAACGAUAAAGGGGAAAAUGCAUCAAUUUGAACCUAAAAUGAGAGGAACUGAUAUCCUACAACAUCAUACAAUAAUGAUAUAUUAUAUCCCAAAACAUCAUUACAAAAAUCUAUCUAAACGAAAAAGUAUACUAAAUUGAAUCCAAUGUGUAACGAUGAAGAUAUAUAUUAUAUCCACCUAAGAAAUAAUAAAGUAAGCCAUGUUUCUUAGAGACCUCUCUGGAUAGAACCACUCUAUGAUAAAAAAACCAUUUCGUCAAACAAUUGUAUCAUAUGAGUUUUCACUUACAAUUUAAGUGCUUAUAAUUAGCUAUUUCAGCUCAUAAAUGAAUUAAUUAUACCAUUGAUUAAAAAUAACUAUAAACUUGAGAGUUAUUUUUCUUGUUGUUAAAUCAUUUUAACUGAAGUAAGAAAGUGCUUCAGAACUGUUACUUCAUUCAUCGUUAUUAAAAAUAUGUGUUUAUUAUAACGUCUAAGCGAGCUAGGAGAUUAACAAAUUGCCAAUGACCACCUUACGAUUAACGUAUUGUUGAACGUCAAUAAUUAUAGCAACCUUUGAGAGCAUCUUAUAAAUUUGAUCACUUCUAUAGGGUAUAAUUGAUUUCAUCCCGAAACUGAUCAAUCAAGGAGUCUUUCGAUAUGAUUUAGAUAAGAUGUCCCCUACUGCACAAUUAGUAUGACUAAAUUGUAAUAAGAUAAUCAUGAAUUGAAUUUUAAUUGAUAGUGCAAAAGAUCGUACUAACUCAAGUAGAGUUUUAGCAUAGAUAGUCAAGCUAGUGGGUUUCCGUGUUUGUCAUGUUUAUUUUUCUUGAAAUGUAUGGUGUCAGUGUUCUUAUGUCGUCAUUGAACACGUCAAUUCAAUGUACUAUAUUCCAACCAAUGAUAUUUGUGUUGAGAUUUUAAAAUUAUCCUUCAUUUAUAAGUUAGAAAAAAAUUCUAAAGUACUUAUUAAAAUAUGAAAAUAUAAGUAUCAAACACCUCAAAAUACAUACAGGAGACUUAGCGGGCUAGCUAACCGUGAUACAAAUGUACUCUGCUUUUCAUAUUUUAACUUCCUGUAUGUUUUGUAUUAGUUAAAGACAACGAAUGUGUCUAGUUUAAUUGGUUAUAAUUCUUGUCUUUGAUGAGAGAGACCGUGGUUCAAAUCCUAACAUUGAUAUAUUUUUAUAUGAAAGAAAUAGUGAUUGUAUAGACGAAGAUACCCUUCCUACUUUCAUUCUCGUUGCAGGAAAUUUGAAAUGGAGCAAAUCAAACUCUUUAAAAUGUAUUAUAAGUAAUGUAGACAGGUGGCUGCUUACAUACAACAUCGAAGAGUGCUCAGGAUUUGGAUAUAUAUCUUCGUAUUUAGUAAUUCAUUGAUAAUGCUGUUAUUCCGAUGAAUUGGAACUCCGGCAGAGAAGUACGUACUUGUGUGCAAGAUACGACUGCCUCUACAAUAUAUGUUUUAGGGUAUCUUGCCGGGAUAUGUAACGAGAGAAGAGGCGGUGUUUGGUGUUUGUAGGUAGGCUGAUCAAUAACAUAAAACUCCUACGCUUGGAUUUUCUAGCCCAAUUAGUUUUUUUUUAUGAAGAUGAGAGUGCUGUCUAUCCCACUCCUAAAAUAUAAUAUCGCAACCCACCAAAUUCAUCCAUCUCACAACAUUAUAAAGGUAUAGCCGCUUCACCCAGAACACAUACUACCUAGCUUACUAACCACGACAGAUAGAGAGAGAUGGGCUUGCAGAUUCGUCGCUUGGGAGCUCGAAUGGCCACAGUGCUGAUGUCGUCGCUAAUUCUGACAACGAUCCUCGGAGGCUUCCACGGCGGUGUAAUGAUCAUCUUCUCUGCUGAAGCUGCCCUGGAUCCACUGUGCGGUGCCUCCCACGAAUGGUUUUGUAGUCCGACCUCUCGUUAUAUAUCUCCAGACGCGCAUGAGGAAAUAUCCUAUCAACUCAAAUCCAAAUUGGAUUGCUUGCCGUUCUAUAAUGACAAGUUUCCUUCUGAAGAAACAGUACCAGACGGCUACGUGCAUUCUUCUUGUGCUAAUAAGAAUGAUCGCGACUGCGCUGAUUGCUUAGAAAGAGCGACUCAACUGAUACACGAGCAUUGCGACGGCAAAGGUGGAGGUCAGUACGGGACGGAGCAGUGUUGUGCUAGAUAUGAGAUGAACAAGUUUUGUUGAGCUUAUCAUAAAUUAAGAAAAUGAUAUGUUGUCCGAGUAAAGGUAUCAUCAGCUAGCCAGGUUUCGUGCGAACGAAGGUGUAGACUCGUCGAUAUAUGUAACGGGGGAAAGAUGCGGUAUAAAUAAAACUGAACGAGUUACUAUUAUGGAUGAAUUGUUUUCAUUUUCAAAUAUAUUAUGGCACGCGCUACGUUGCGAAUAGAUACGAACGCCGAAAAAGUUUAAAUACAACUUUCAUAUAAUUACUAGUUUUUUGGCUAGUUUUUCGCGGCGAUAAAAGAUUAUUUAAAUUUAAAAUUUUAUCAACUCAUUUAAUGAUUUAAGUAAUUGGUAUAGGAGAAUAAUUAUUCCUUCAUAAUGUUUAUGUGUUGUAUUUUUAAUUUGUGUAAUUUUUAUAGAACAAUUUUAUAUAAAUCUUUUCUUUCUAAUAAUAAAAUAAAAUGAACUUACCAUAACUCCCACUUUUGAUGAAAUUAUUAUGCAAAAUUAACUUAUUUUAUUGAACCUUUGCAUAAUCCAAAUUGAGGAGAUAGCUAAUAUUGUGGGUAAUAAUCAAGAAAUUUAUUUAGUAAUAUGUGAAUUAGUAUGAAAAGUUUAACAUUUGAUUAAAAUGUUAUAUAAAACUAACUGACCUUACAAAACCGUUGUGUAGUACAAAUUGAUGAGAUAGUCAAUAGUUUAGUUAAAAUUUAAAAAUCUCAUUAUAACUUAUGUUAUGAAAUAUUUGCUUAUUACAUUUAUUUACUUGAUACUUAAGAAAUUACGAUUCCUCCAUAUGCUUUACAGAGCUUUUUAUUACGUUGAAAGUAUUACGUAAUAUGUUAUACUUAAUUGAUAAAUAAGGAAUAACUAUUCCUUUGUAAGCUUUAAGAAAUUUAUUUAUAAGCUAUAUAAUUUUUAUAGAAUAGUAUUAUGUAAAUCUUCUAUAAUGUGUGGUUUAAUAAUAAAAACCAGUUAUAAAAAGUCUUACAUUUAAUUAAACUACUAUGUAAAGUAAACUUACCUUACAUAAAUUUUGUAUAAUGAUAAUUGAUGAGAUAGUAAGCAUUAUUGUAGUUAGGGCUGGCUAUUUGGUCCGGGUUUUUUGGUUUUACCGGAAACCGGACCGUAUAACCCGGACCAAUAUCGGACAGUAUAACCAGGACCGAGAUCGGACCGGGACCGGAUAGUAAACAAUCCAAUCCAAUCUUUGGGCUUAUAUUUGAGGUAAAAAAUCGUUUGGGACCGGAUCGAAAACUGGAUAACGACCGGAUAAGAGAGCUCAACACCCAAAAUUUAAGAGUAAUUUGCAUAAACGGUCACAAACCUUUGCACUUAGUACAAAACUUAACCAACUCCUCACCCUUUCAGUCCUGAGGCCACUCUAAUCCCCACAAGCUCAAAAUAAAAUCAAGACCGAAUUGGGACUGGACCGGGUCAAGACCGGACCGGAUCAAAACCGGACUGUAUCCAAUCCAAUCUUUGGUCCUUAUAUUUUCAAAAAGAGUGGACUGAACCGGAUCAAUUUAGACCAAUUUAACCGAACCAGACCGUUUAGCCACCCCUUAUAGUAGUUAAUAAUAAGGUCUACGUAAUGCAUUGCAAUGCGUAAACAUUAUGUAAUGUGAAAUGAAAAUGUACAUACAUAGUUGACUAUAGGGGGAAAAGAGCUUUAUACUAAAAUAGGGUGUAGGAGAUGGAAAAAAACUAAGGGUUUAUAAUAAAAUUGAGUAUACGAAUAAAAAAACUUUGUGAAUGGUACCCGCUACAAAAAAGGGAGAACAUAUUUAAUACUACCCUUAUUUUGUUAAAGAAUAAUAAUUAUUUUAUGUAAUAGAUUUGUAAUACAUAAAUCUUCUCUAAUAAGUUUACGUAAUGCAU